AUGUUCCAUUACAAAGAUAUAGACAAAGGUACAUGGUGCUCUCCAGAUGGCAAAACAGUAAAUCCGAUUGACCAUAUUAUGAAAGAUGAACGUUUCACUUCAUUUAUAAGAGAUGUCAGAACGUAUAGAGGAAAUGAAAUUGGCUCGGAUCAUUUCCUAGUGGUUGGAAAGGUGAAAAUCAAGAUGAUUUGGAAUCAACAACCAAAAGCGACACCAAAACCUAAAUUAGACAUCGAACGAAUGAAGGAACUGUCUGUUAAAGAAGCCUAUGUGAUUGAAACAAAUAACCGAUUUACAGCACUGCAAGAAGCUGAGGAGGAAAAUAGUGUCGAGAAGGCUUGGGAAAGAAUAAAGACUGUAGUAGCAGAUGCAGCAGAAAAAAACACUGGGCAAGAAAAAGAAAACGAAGAAACAGAAAUGGUUCAACGAAAAGUGUCAGAGAGCAGUAGAAAGGUGGAAAGAAGCCAGGAUGCUAUGGCUGCAUAA